AUGACGCCACCUUCGCAACCACCGAAGAUGACCCCGUUCGGUGCGCACUCGUCUGACUUCCCACCAGCUUCAGAUUUGAGCUCACCCUGGAUGAUCUUCGAGUUGAACUUGUUGCACGCGACGUUCUCCUCUGGCCACAGCGCUCCACGACGAACUACGCUCAGCAGCUGUUCUACUGUCUUCAACGAAAAGCGAACUUUGGAUACGACGUUGUCGACGUUCCUUCCAUCUGCGUUGCACUUGCACCUGUCGUACACGGCCCGAAAGAUCUGCACCUCAGUACAGAUGGAGUCGAGUUGGCCUAAAAAAAAGAAGAAUGCGUACUUGGUAGGGAGUCCGGAACGCGUACUUGGUAGGGACGAGGGAUCCAUCGCAAAUGGUGAUAAAAAUAAUACGAAAGGACGGGCGGUUCAGCGAACCCCGUCGCACACCUGUGAUGCGGCAAUGUUGUCGUUCAGCCAGUCCGGCCCAAGGCACAUCCAUGCUGGAAUCGAAAAGAUCUUCGGGAAGUAAGGACUUGCAAGGUAUUCGUAUUUUCUGAAAUUUCCUAAAAAAUAAAAAAGUCAAACUUAGUUUA